AUGGGCUGGCCCGAGGAGACGGCUUUGCAGUUGACUGCUCUGUGCGAAAACAAGUACAAGCGUGUGUGCCCGGCGAGACGCUCCUGUACCACACCGUGUGUGCCCGGCGAGACGCUCCUGUACCACACCGUGUGUGCCCGGCGAGACGCUCCUGUACCACAGCGUGUGUGCCCGGCGAGACGCUCCUGUACCACACCGCGUGUGCCCGGCGAGACGCUCCUGUACCACACCGCGUGUGCCCGGCGAGACGCUCCUGUACCACAGCGCGUGUGCCCGGCGAGACGCUCCUGUACCACACCGUGUGUGCCCGGCGAGACGCUCCUGUACCACACCGUGUGUGCCCGGCGAGACGCUCCUGUACCACAGCGUGUGUGCCCGGCGAGACGCUCCUGUACCACACCGCGUGUGCCCGGCGAGACGCUCCUGUACCACAGCGCGUGUGCCCGGCGAGACGCUCCUGUACCACACCGCGUGUGCCCGGCGAGACGCUCCUGUACCACACCGCGUGUGCCCGGCGAGACGCUCCUGUACCACACCGCGUGUGCCCGGCGAGACGCUCCUGUACCACACCGCGUGUGCCCGGCGAGACGCUCCUGUACCACAGCGUGUGUGCCCGGCGAGACGCUCCUGUACCACACCGUGUGUGUCCGGCGAGACGCUCCUGUACCACACCGCGUGUGCCCGGCGAGACGCUCCUGUACCACAGCGUGUGUGCCCGGCGAGACGCUCCUGUACCACACCGUGUGUGCCCGGCGAGACGCUCCUGUACCACAGCGUGUGUGCCCGGCGAGACGCUCCUGUACCACACCGUGUGUGCCCGGCGAGACGCUCCUGUACCACACCGUGUGUGCCCGGCGAGACGCUCCUGUACCACACCGUGUGUGCCCGGCGAGACGCUCCUGUACCACAGCGUGUGUGCCCGGCGAGACGCUCCUGUACCACACCGCGUGUGCCCGGCGAGACGCUCCUGUACCACACCGCGUGUGCCCGGCGAGACGCUCCUGUACCACACCGCGUGUGCCCGGCGAGACGCUCCUGUACCACACCGCGUGUGCCCGGCGAGACGCUCCUGUACCACAGCGCGUGUGCCCGGCGAGACGCUCCUGUACCAAACCGUGUGUGCCCGGCGAGACGCUCCUGUACCACAGCGUGUGUGCCCGGCGAGACGCUCCUGUACCACACCGCGUGUGCCCGGCGAGACGCUCCUGUACCACACCGCGUGUGCCCGGCGAGACGCUCCUGUACCACACCGCGUGUGCCCGGCGAGACGCUCCUGUACCACACCGUGUGUGCCCGGCGAGACGCUCCUGUACCACACCGUGUGUGCCCGGCGAGACGCUCCUGUACCACAGCGUGUGUGCCCGGCGAGACGCUCCUGUACCACACCGCGUGUGCCCGGCGAGACGCUCCUGUACCACAGCGUGUGUGCCCGGCGAGACGCUCCUGUACCACACCGCGUGUGCCCGGCGAGACGCUCCUGUACCACACCGUGUGUGCCCGGCGAGACGCUCCUGUACCACACCGUGUGUGCCCGGCGAGACGCUCCUGUACCACACCGUGUGUGUCCGGCGAGACGCUCCUGUACCACAGCGUGUGUGCCCGGCGAGACGCUCCUGUACCACACCGCGUGUGCCCGGCGAGACGCUCCUGUACCACACCGCGUGUGCCCGGCGAGACGCUCCUGUACCACAGCGCGUGUGCCCGGCGAGACGCUCCUGUACCACACCGCGUGUGCCCGGGGAGACGCUCCUGUACCACACCGCGUGUGCCCGGCGAGACGCUCCUGUACCACACCGCGUGUGCCCGGCGAGACGCUCCUGUACCACACCGCGUGUGCCCGGCGAGACGCUCCUGUACCACACCGUGUGUGCCCGGCGAGACGCUCCUGUACCACACCGUGUGUGCCCGGCGAGACGCUCCUGUACCACACCGCGUGUGCCCGGGGAGACGCUCCUGUACCACACCGCGUGUGCCCGGCGAGACGCUCCUGUACCACACCGUGUGUGCCCGGCGAGACGCUCCUGUACCACACCGUGUGUGCCCGGCGAGACGCUCCUGUACCACACCGUGUGUGCCCGGCGAGACGCUCCUGUACCACACCGCGUGUGCCCGGCGAGACGCUCCUGUACCACACCGCGUGUGCCCGGCGAGACGCUCCUGUACCACAGCGUGUGUGCCCGGCGAGACGCUCCUGUACCACACCGCGUGUGCCCGGGGAGAUGCUCCUGUACCACACCGUGUGUGCCCGGCGAGACGCUCCUGUACCACACCGUGUGUGCCCGGCGAGACGCUCCUGUACCACACCGUGUGUGCCCGGCGAGACGCUCCUGUACCACACCGUGUGUGCCCGGCGAGACGCUCCUGUACCACACCGCGUGUGCCCGGGGAGAUGCUCCUGUACCACACCGUGUGUGCCCGGCGAGACGCUCCUGUACCACACCGUGUGUGCCCGGCGAGACGCUCCUGUACCACACCGUGUGUGCCCGGCGAGACGCUCCUGUACCACACCGUGUGUGCCCGGCGAGACGCUCCUGUACCACACCGUGUGUGCCCGGCGAGACGCUCCUGUACCACACCGCGUGUGCCCGGCGAGACGCUCCUGUACCACAGCGCGUGUGCCCGGCGAGACGCUCCUGUACCACAGCGUGUGUGCCCGGCGAGACGCUCCUGUACCACACCGUGUGUGCCCGGCGAGACGCUCCUGUACCACAGCGUGUGUGCCCGGCGAGACGCUCCUGUACCACAGCGUGUGUGCCCGGCGAGACGCUCCUGUACCACAGCGUGUGUGCCCGGCGAGACGCUCCUGUACCACACCGUGUGUGCCCGGCGAGACGCUACUGUACCACACCGUGUGUGCCCGGCGAGUUGCUCCUGUACCACACCGCGUGUGCCCGGCGAGACGCUUCUGUACCACACCGUGUGUGCCCGGCGAGACGCUCCUGUACCACAGCGUGUGUGCCCGGCGAGACGCUCCUGUACCACAGCGAGGCCACAGGACGCAGCCGUUCCCCGCGGAGUCUGAUGCGAGCCGAGGAGCUCGCCCUUCACUUGUUCUCCGCGUGUUCGCCGCGCUCCCCGCGGGUCUGA